AAGUGAAAGUACAUUUUUAGCAUAUUUUUAGUACAUUACAUACAACAUAAAUAACUUUCAUAAUUUCAUUUGUUGUGGUAUUUUGUAUUUUUUCCAUUUCCAAUCUAAAAUCUAAGGUAAUUGAGCUGAAUGUGCAUUGGAAGUAAAUAAAUAAAUUGUUGAAAUUAGGUUCAUAAUAUGGAUUUUGAUUGGGCCAAACCAUACCCUGAAAUGUAUAAAAUGUGCACAGCUUUUCAAAUGUUUGAGUUAUUAAAUCCCAUUAAAUUUAAAUAUAAGCAGUUACAGCAGUUUUUACAAAGUGGACCUGAGUGUGGUCUAGUAGCACUUGCUAUGUGUAUGGGAAAUCCUACCAGAGAUACUAUUGAAAAGUUGUAUAAAACAGCAAAAAUGAAAAAUUAUACUCAUAAUGGUGAAAUGUUUAGCAUUAGUGAUAUGACUGCUUUGGCAAGGGAAUAUUUGCAUGGUAAUAAUAUUAAGAUUCAUAUUUUCAAUGGAUUUUUGGACAGUGAUGUUAUAAGGAAUUUCUUACUGGAUGGUGGUGUUAUGCUUGUACCAUAUGAUACAGCAAAAGAUAAUUCACCUGGUUUCCAUAAAGGUCAUAAAGCUCAUUGGGCUGCAAUUUCUGGAUGUAUUUUAACCGAAGAUGAUUUUUAUGUAAUCGCACGCCAUGGUAAAGUUAGAAACAUCGCAAUCUGGAAACUAAAAGUUUUAGCUGAUAGUAACAGACAGUUAUUGGAAGUUUCCCCAGAUAGAAUAAAUCACGAUAUAAAAUACAAAUUGCCAGAAGGUGGUAUAGCAGGUCCUCUUGGUUUGAAUGAAAGAAGUAUUCUAAUAAAAUACUUAUGAAUUAUGGAACAUUGAUAUAAGUAAUAGUAGGUACACAUGACAUUAAGACGACCAGGUACGAUAUUGCUGCAUGUCACUAUCAGCUGAUCGCCUUCUAUCGACAUCACAAUGAGAGAACCCGCUGUUGGAAUACACAUGUUGGGAGUUUUAUCGAUUUUUUAGGUUUUGGUGAUAUUUUUGUGAGAUUUUUAGUUGAUUAAUAGGCUACUUAGUGUGAAAGAAUUAUUAUUAUUAACCCCUUAAUGUAUUGACUCCAAAAUUAGUUUAUUUAAAAAACAACUGAAGGGUAUCUUAAAAUAAGUUUGUUAUAGUUUAUUAUUCUGAGAUGUUUGAUAGUUUAAACAUUUAUUGUUUGUAAAGUGUAGCUUUCUUAAAACUUUUGUAAAUGUACGCCAUUAAUAAAUAAAUAAAUAAACAAUGUACAAAUUA